AUGGUUACAGAUCCAUGAGACAGAUUUGUGAAAUUAGAACCGGAGCGUCGUUCUGCGAUCUGAGAAGAAGUAGGAGAAUGGAUAUAUACUAUAUAUACUUGGAUGAGGUGUUCAGUCUAUAUCUCUAUGCAUUGCCAAUAAUUGAGCGCACUUACGAUUAGCAGUCCAUUUUCCUUUUUCUGGUCUCAUCAAGAAGCACAUUCAUAAAAUAUCCAUAAUGUCACGGAAGGAUGAUGAAAAGCAACAUUAAGUUACGUACAAUGUCUGCACGCGAGAAUUACGGCGCUCUCGACGUAUUACACAGGAGUGUUGAUGUAACACUCGCGACGAUGUCAUAAUCGCGCUGUGGGCGAGAAAAUAUUUCGAUAAAAUUUGGGACAUGCCAAGGCUGACAGUGAGAACCGUGUAUUAGGAGCGACAGAUUAAGAAGGCCGAUUUAAGUCUCGCGAGUCUUAGCGCCUCGAAGUUUUAUCUCCGUCGAGCAACCGUCGAGAAUUUAAGGAAAAACCUUGCGACGACGUUACACGUGGUCUUGCACGUGCACGUGCGUGACCUUAGAAAAACUCGUGUUCCCCACAAGGUCAUGAAAACCCUAACGAUUUCAUUCGAGUUUUCUUUCUUCUGCUAGAAAGAAACGCACGUUCCACUCCGAGAGAUUAGGUAGUGUUUCGCAAGUGCGAAUAAUUCUCGUCGUAAUAUACAGACAAUUAGCGAAAUAAUACAACUAAUACCUGGCAAUUGCGCAGGAGAUUAUCAGUGAUUGCACAUUUUCGUCGAGAGGAAACAGCUUCCGAGUUUUUUUUUUUCGCGUAAGUGGAUAGAUUGGCCAUUGGGACAUACACGGAUGCGGUGUGCACACGUCGAUAUAAUCGUCGAGCAUUACACGCGCUCGUGGGGGUUGAAAGUCGCGCGAUGAGGAAAGGGAUGGCCGAAGUAAACGGCGCGCUCACGCUUCCUCCGUGAGUAAAAAGGAAAAACGGCACGUAAAGGAACCGGUUGUUUGACGUUGGGAUUCUCCGUGACGCAAGUACUUUCCGCGUCGGUCGGGCCUUUCGUAAAAGACCGUUUUACUUCGUACACACUUCUCCUUUCCUCUCUCCUCGUCAUUAUCCUUUUUUUUUAUCUGCACGCGAGCGAACGUCGGUAGAUUUACACGCGCGAUACACAUAAUCAGCACAGUCACUCGGAUAAAAGAAAAACGGCUUCGAUACACCUGAUACCGUCACGUCCUAACUCGCAUGCAUGUUGCAGGCUGAGGAUUCUCACUUACGCAAUGUGAGCGAAACAUUAAAUCAUGAUAUUUCGUGGAAAUCGUGGAAGGAAGGAGAAAUCCAAGAUCCAAUUCCCUGAGGACACAUCUCGAGACAAUGUCGAGCUACUCGGGGCAUCCUCCGUGCUGCAAUGUGGGCGGCUUGUUAUCAGUGGGCUUAAUGGUUCCAGUAUUUCCCAUGAUUUCUAAAAUCUCCCGGCUUAUUCUAACCGGCGUUCCGCUAAUGAUGGAAUCAAUUACCACCAACUGAAUGAGAUCGAUCGAUCACGAAAAUCCUUUAACUUAAUCAAGAAAAAAGAUUGCACAAAAGUACGGAAUAACCGGCGGUCUAAGAGAACAAAGAGGAGGAGAACAAUCCGAUUACAAGCCUGGACUCGAGCCGAUGUCUGAUUAAUCCUGAGUCCUGCGAAAUCACCAUCUCUCACUGUCAAUCAUCGCCAAGUACCGACGCGUGUGAAGAAGGCAAGGAACGAACCAACAGGAGGGAUUGAUACGUAAUCAAGAGGGGGCUGAUUGCCUCGACUACAAAAUCGAAAAUCGCCAUUCACCCCUCCCGAACGGAAGUUCCUUUCGAAAUCUUAUCCUACUGACAAUUCCGGGAGCGAGCGGUUACAUCGAGCGGACAGGACACACAUCCGCAAUCGGGGUCUCGCGAUCCUGCCGAUAACGCCGAACUUACAGAAAACGGUCACCUGACCUGACGAGAGAACAACAUCCGGAUCAACAGCCGGGCUCCUCUAUCGCUUCCCGGCGAGUGCGUACGAGGUACCAGGAUCAGAUUGCGAUUAACGUCAUCGGACGUCACAGCGAGAUCGGCGGCAAGAGACGACAAUAAGAAUACUCCGACCCGUUGAUUCCGGGGAUCCUUUCGGCCAGCCGCGAGUCGAAAACAAAAGUGCCAAGAUCGACGUCGAGAGGAGAUCGCCAGUCAUGAACGGGAUAUCGAAUCAGUGCUCCAAGCUGAAGAUGUACGACGGCGAGGAUGAAAAGGGAAUAAUGAUCAAGAAGCCCGGGCCGCUCAGGACCGUUUCCUGGAGCGAGAAUGUGGAGGAGACCGAACUGGACAUCCCCGGGACGCCUAGAACACCGCGCACGUCUACGACACCAGGCCACGAGAAAUGCAUGUUCCACCACGAUCUGGAGCUGGACCACCGGCCGCCCACGCGGGAGGCGAUGCUACCGGAGAUGUCCCGCAGUUACAAGUUGCUGCUGAGCUCCUUGGGCGAGGACCCGGAGCGGCCAGGCCUCUUGAAGACGCCGGAACGCGCCGCGAAGGCUAUGCUCUUCUUCACGAAGGGCUACGAUCAGAGCCUCGAGGAUGUGAUUAACGACGCAGUGUUCGACGAGGAUCACGAUGAGAUGGUGGUGGUGAAGGACAUCGAAAUGUUUUCCAUGUGCGAGCACCACUUAGUACCGUUCUACGGCAAGGUGUCCAUCGGCUACCUCCCCUGCAAAAAGAUCCUAGGUCUCAGUAAGCUCGCCAGGAUCGUGGAGAUCUUCAGCAGGCGCCUUCAGGUGCAGGAACGACUGACGAAGCAGAUCGCGAUAGCGGUGACCAAGGCGGUGCAGCCGGCGGGAGUCGCCGUGGUCGUCGAAGGAGUGCACAUGUGCAUGGUAAUGAGGGGCGUGCAGAAGAUCAACAGCAAGACGGUGACGUCGACGAUGCUGGGCGUGUUCCGGGACGACCCGAAGACCCGCGAGGAGUUCCUGAAUUUGGUACACAGCAAGUAAACACGGAGGACCGGACCGAGCGCGGUGCCAUUACCAUCAUCAGGGAUCGAGGGACCAUUAAUUGAGAACGCGUGGCAUCGCCCGUGGAUCGCCUCGUCCCGUUCACCCGAUUGCUACCUCGUUGCAAGGACCUCGCCCGAAGGAGCUCAUCGCAGGUCGCCGGCGAGGUCGCCCGUUCUCUUUCUUUCUUUCCACCCUCCCCUCUGCUCCCUCUCUCUCUCUCUCCCUCUCUCUCCCUCUCCCUCUCCCUCUCUCUCUCCCUCUCUCUCUCUUUCUCUCAGACAUCCGCUCGCUUUCAGUUAGUUCCACUGAGAAGUAAUUCUCGACUUAUUCGACGAUCGCGCGCGCGUCCUCGUCGUGCUACCAUCUCGCGAGUACGCUCGGGGGAGGGGAGAAAGGGCCGUGACAAAUCACUAUCCGUGGCCGAGAUAGCGCGGACGGAUAGUGAGACUCGGCUCAGUAAUGAGAGAACGCGCUUAAACUGCUGAUUGAGUGACAAAGACAAUAUCGACGACGCAGUCCGUCGUCUGCGUAGACGCUCGCGAGUCUCCAGGGGGUGAGCGACGUCCCCGGGAGGCUCGCGAGCGGCUGGCCGCAGCGAGAUGAUGCACGAGCGAUGUGCGUGCCGGAGCAAAGGGGCAGCGAAUAGACAAGUAGCUGGCACGGACAGCUCGUAGUUUAGUUCGUGAUAGUUAACGAGUAAACGCGCACGCGGCCGUCGCUGCUGGAUCAGCGAUCAAGCCGCGACCAGAGAGGACCACCCGGCAUUCACUGUUCCUUCAGCCGAGCGAGUCCGUCGUCCAGCCGUUUCGAGGUGUUUUAGAAGAGUUUUAGAAGGCGCCCGGAGCCUCUCAGUCGGCACAAACUGGCGCAUCGCAGAAUCGGCGCGCUUCCCGUGACAAUAAAUUAUACAUCUUAGUAAGUGCACGUUAUGUUUACUCCCUCUCUCUCUCUCUCUCUCUCUCUCUCUCUCUCUUUUUGGAGAACAGUCUAAAAGAAGUGUCCGACUCCUUCACCAGUUUGUGCCAAACAUAUGAGCUCCAGAGGCUCGAUUUUACUUCGUCGACCUACAUUGCGGAAUCUUCGUGAUACCGCGAAUGGUUUUAUCGCGUUUCUCGGAUGCGGGACACGACAGCCACGGGUUCCGCAUCGUUGCCUGCGUCGUGCAAUUGUCCACGAUUGUUCUGUUUGCCGUGCAGGGUGCUCGGCGAUGAAAAGCCGGCGUGUGGCGUCGAUGGGUAAUAUUUGAAUAGUCCCGCGGAUGAGCACUCGUGCGCAAUCCAAACGUCUACCGUGACAUCGAAAGCUACCCCCCAACACUGUCGUCUUAAUCCUCGACGCUCCCGUCGUCGCGAUCGGCGCGCGCGCGCGAUGAAGACGCGCCUCUAUCCCACCGAGCACCCCGCAUUACAUUCCUCUUCUUCUUCGACACGAGCGAUCAUUCCGUAGUUAUAAUUGCACACUUUGUCGCUAAAGGCCUCUCACGGAGGUGUCGCGGAAUGCGCACUGCUACAGCCAUGCGCUGCGCAUCGCGACGAACAUCGUCCUCGGGAAAUGUGUACAACACCGUGUUUGCCUGAUUCAUCCGCCGAGACGUGCCCCGGGCAAGGUGAUUGAGUCGCCCUCGGGGGAGCGGUCUCUCCCUCGGCUUCUCUCUCACCGAUUGCGUAAAUAAUUAACUUGUUUCGACAUCCGUUCGACCAGCGCGUCCUAUGUGUGCUCCGCAUUAUGCUAACUAAUUUCGCGCACGGAGAUGCUCCCAUUCAUUGCGAAUUUAUGUGUUCAUUUUUGUCGAAUACAAGCGAGUACAAGCGCCCGCGCGACAGUGGAUGAGAUAAAUAAUUUAUAGAGUAUAA